GAGAGAAAGAAGAACUUUUGAUGACAUAAAAGAGAGAAGAAGAAGAAGAAGAUGAAGCCGAGUCACGACGUACUCAAAGCGUCCAAUUUUUUCGCGGUUCCCGAGAAGCCAAGCGAAUUCUUCGUCCUCUUAAUGCGCGUAGGCCUUCUGGUUUUCUUCCUCGCGUCGAUCUCGCUCGCUCUCUACUCGGCUUUCGUCUCCAAAUCGCCUCUCCGAUUCGCCCUCCCGAACCGGCCCCGAACCGCCCCACUCUCGCCCGAUCAAAACGACACCGGAGCGCCCACUAACAUCUCACACGUCCUCUUCGGAAUCGGAGCCUCCCUUAACACGUGGCGGGACCGCAGCCGCUACAGCCAGCAGUGGUGGGACCCAGGCUCCACCCGCGGCUACGCUUGGCUCGACGGCGAACCGGACAAAAAGGGCACCGGUCCGCUCCCUUACCGGGUUUCCUCGGACUGGACCCGGUUCAGGUUCUCCAGCUCGCAAUCGGCGGUUCGGAUCGCCCGUAUCGUGUCGGAGAGCUUCAAACUCGGGUCCCACAACGUAAGGUGGUUCGUGAUGGGGGACGAUGAUACGGUGUUCUUCGCGGAUAAUCUGAUUUCGGUGUUGGCGAGUUAUGAUCACACUGGGAUGUACUAUAUUGGCGGGAACUCCGAGAGCGUAGAGCAAGACGUGAUGCACACGUACGACAUGGCGUUUGGCGGCGGGGGUUUCGCCAUCAGCUACCCUCUCGCGGCUCGGCUGGUCAACCUAUUGGACGGCUGUCUUGAUCGGUACUACACAUUCUACGGCUCUGAUCAGAAAAUCUGGGCAUGCCUCAGUGAGAUAGGCGUGCCUCUCACUCUCCAUCGUGGGUUCCACCAGUUAGAUAUCAGGGGAGAUCCAUAUGGUAUUCUAGCAGCUCAUCCUUUGGCUCCACUAGUGUCCCUCCACCAUCUUGACUACUUAAAUCCAAUGUUCCCGGAGAUGAACCAAAUAGACUCGGUGAAGACCCUAAUGAGGGCGUAUCGGGUUGACCCCAGACGUAUUCUACAGCAAUGUUUUUGCCACGACAAGAAGUGGAAAUGGUCGAUUUCUAUAGCAUGGGGCUACACCCUGCAGAUUUACCCCUCCAUCGUGGCAGCCAAGGAUCUGCAGACUCCGCUCCAGACGUUCAAGACAUGGCGGAGCUGGAGCAAUGGGCCUUUCACGUUUAAUACCCGGCCGGUGAACCCUGAUCCGUGCCAGCAGCCGCUUGUUUAUUUUAUGGACCGGGUUGAGGAGGUUGGCGAGAGUGGAAGCUUGACUAGUUAUGAGAUGUUUCUGAACAAGGAGGGGAUGAAAUGCAUCACAGAAGAGUAUAAACAAGCAAUGGAAGUGCGGAGAGUUGUGGUCUCCUCAAUGAAGAUGGAUUAUGAUUAUUGGAAGAAGGCUCCUGUUAGGCAGUGCUGUGAGAUUAUGGAUCAUGGGAGUGUAAAGAACGGCACCAUGAGGAUCAGAAUCAGAAAAUGCAGACCAUGGGAAUCUAUAACUGUGAGUUGAAGGCGAUAUUUUCCUUCUAUUUGCUAAUUUCGGUAAAUAUUUCUCUUCUUGAAAUUCACAAAGAUGGCCUUCAAAUAUAGUGCUCCCAUUUCGUAUGAAGAAUAAUGUAUAUUCAUCUCUAAAAAGUCUCCAAGAAGUAGUGUCAACCAUUACUUUAUAACAUCAAAAGGUGCAAAAGCAUUUAUAUGCGAUUGAGGUUGCUUCCCCAUACGAGAUGUAAUUGAGGAAAAGGAGAACGGAAAGGAGGAAAAGAAAGGGCAACUUUCAUGUCGUCUUUAAUAUGUUUGAAAUCACGCAGAACCAUCUUCAAAACCAUCUUCAAAAGUUUUAGGUUGAAUGGUCAGAUCAGAGUACUUUGUGUAAUACCAUCUCUUCUAUACAGAGCAAUUCUAUUUAUCAUUUUUUGUCUAUAGUUUUAUGGUUUGUUUAGUUUACUGCUGUUUUCACUAGACAUGCUCUGUUUCUAUUUGAAAUCUAAAAGGAAAAUAUGAGACCCACUUCAAUUACUGAUAGCCUGGA